GCUGCGGUGCCCGCUCGGCGGCGGCCGCGUGCCGGGCGAGGCGGGGCACCCUCCCGGCACUCGGAGCUCGGCUCCCGGCCGAAAAGGGACGAAGCGUCCGGGCGGCGCGAUGGGUCCCCUGUGGAGGGCCGUUCUCUCGGAGAGCCUGCUCGGCUACAUUUCUUGGUCUCUUUACCAUGCCCUGCCACCGAUGAUCUAUUACUUCCCCCUCCAGACACUGGCACUCACAGGUUUAGAAGUUUUUGCAGUUGCCUUCUUUUCUCCAGUAUUCCUGAUAAUUGGUCCUUUUUGGAGGCUGGCUAACAACAAGUACAUCCUAGCCUUUCUGAGACUGACUGUGGUUGGGAGCUUAGCAUCAUACCAGGCACCAAAUGCUUCAAUUAGACUGUUCAUCUUGGCUGCUGGUGUUUCGUCCUCAUUGCUGGUUCAAACAGUAACAUGGUGGUCAGGAAACAGUUUACAAAGGUUCAUCAGGAUAUGGUGCUUCAUUCUUGGCAAGAUGAUGCUCCUUGUUCUUCGAAUCUGGUAUACAUCACUAAACCCAGUCUGGAGCUCGCAAGCUGCCAAUACUGUCAUGCUGACACUUGGUUUUGUAGCAGCAGUGGAGCGAAUUUAUUCAGUUGAAGACGAGAGGAAACAAGGAGCAAACACUACUGGUAACACAGUUAGGGAGUCUGUCUCACAGCCUAAUUGGCUUUUGUCAGGAGUUGCUUUUGGCAGCCUCCUGUUCCUCACCGUUUGGAUAUUUGGGGAGGUCUCGCUAAUUUCUAGAUGGGCAGUAAGCGGACAUCCACAUAAAGGUCCAGAUCCUAAUCCAUAUGGAGGUACAGUUCUGUUGGGUCUCGCUCAUGGACUGAUGCUUUCAUUUUGGAGUUGGUCCUCUGUUGCCAGUUUUGCCUGGUUUCUAAUAGGUAUAGCAUCUUCAGCUGGUCUCCUUUACUUACAGACAUGGAGCGCUGCUGUUGCAGGCAACAUUCUUGCUGUCUUUACUAUGUGUGUGUGGCCUCAUCUGGCUGGACGCUUUGUUGGCUGUCUGCAUCCUGGAAAAGCCAUGAGUACAGCCAUGUUCACCUAUGUUCUUGAAUUAUUCUUCUGUGUAUGGUGUACAGCCUAUAAAUUUGUACCUGGAGGAGUUUACGCUAGAGAAAGCUCCCAUCUUCUUUUAGGGUUUAUUAUGUUAUGCAUUGGGCUAGACUUUCUAGCAGGAUCCAAGAAAGACCUGAACUCUAUCUUUGAAGUGAGAAGCAACCAAAAGCCAUUUUUCAAAAAGAGUAAAAAAUAUAUUAAACUAUUGUUGUGGCUGUUUGUUGGUGUUGGUUUGUUAGGAUUGGGUCUACGUUAUAAAACUUACGAAAAGAAGUUGGGCCGAGGGGUUCCAAAAAGAGAUUUCUCUGCUAUGAUCUGGCCUUUCAGAUUUGCAUAUGACAAUGAAGGGUGGUCUAAUUUGGAAGGAUCUGCAAAUUUACUUAAUCAGACAGGUGCAGAUUUUAUCACUGUUCUGGAGAGCGAUGCCUCUAAACCAUUCAUCGGGAACAAUGAUCCAACAAUGUGGCUAGGAGAAAGACUAGGAUUUUACACAGAUUUUGGUCCAAGUACAAGAGAUCACACUUGGGGGAUUAUGGCACUGUCAAGGUAUCCAAUUGUAAAAUCUACCCAUCACCUUCUCCCUUCUCCAGAGGGAGAAAUUGCACCUGCCAUCUCCAUGACUGUCAACUUCACAGGGAGACUGGUUGAUUUCGUUGUUGCUCACUUUGGAAAUGAAGAAGAGGACUUGGACAGAAAACUUCAGGCUAUAGCUGUUUCAAAGUUGCUGAAGACUAGCUCUAAGCAAGUUGUAUUUCUAGGAUAUAUCACUUCAGCUCCUGGAUCCAGAGAUUAUACUGAAUUAAUAGAAAAUGGAAAUGUCCAGGAUAUUGACAGUACAGAUCGUGACAGGUGGUGUAGCUAUAUUAUGUAUCGUGGAGUAAUAAGGUUGGGCUAUGCCCGCAUAUCUCAUGCUGGUUUAAGUGAUUCAGAAGUUCAAAUGGCCAAAUUCAGAAUCCCAGACGACUUAGAUAACUAUGCUGACAAUGACAGAAUUGUCAUUGAUCCCAGCCAAGUUCCUGAGGACAUCCAUUUCAAUCCCAGGUUUGGAUCUUAUAAAGAUGGACAUAAUUAUGAUGAGAGUAUUCACCACUUUCAUAUGAGCACCCCUAAAUAUUUUAAACAAACAGAUUAGAAUAAUAAAAUAAUAUAUCAUGGGGACCAACAAGAAAGGUUUGUUGUUUGAAACUGAACUGGCGGCCAAGAUGACUACAUUGCUUAGGGAUGAGAAAUUCCCAUGCUGUAUAACACUGUGAGCAUCUGUGUAAUAGUUGGCGACUCUUUGAGUUAUCAUGGCUGUAAGAGAGAAGUUGCAUAUAUUUUGAUAAACUGGAAUCCACUUGAGCCAAGCAUCUGUUUUGUAUGCAUGGAAGCAAAAGUGGGAACUUGCUUUGGCAAUAAUUUACUCAGUUUUAUUAAACAUAUAUUAUGCUGUACUGUUUUAGAGUUUAAUGGAUCUAUCCUUUUUCUCAGGGUUCAGAUAUGACCCCUUUCCUUUCUUGGUAGCUCCUUGGAACAAUCAUAAGCAAGGAGUUGCAGCAAACUUCCACACUUUUUUUGGUGACAAAGCAAAAUAAUGUGGCAGUGGAGAUAAUCUGUUGAUACAUGCUGCAAUUUGUAGUUCUGUCGCUAUUACAAUAAAAAACUUGACCUUA